AUGUACUGCUUCGGAUUUUUCAGUGUCUUGAUCUCAUGUGUCGUUCUUCUCAUUGUUCAGUCAAGUGAUGGUUCUGAGAUUAUUGGAGGCAAUGAAGUCAAGCCACACUCACUGCCUUUCAUGGCUCUGCUUGAGGGUAACAAGGGCAAUUGUGGAGGGAUACUAAUUGAUGAAGCAUGGGUCCUGACUGCUGCUCACUGUGAUAAGGUCAAUGACCUCAUGUUACUCAAGCUUAACAAAAAAGUGAAGAAAACCGAGACGGUUAAUUGGCUCAAGUUGGGCAACGCUGUCAAAGAUCCUGCAGCUGAAAGCAUCUGUGUGGUGGCUGGAUGGGGAGCAACUAAAAGCAACGCCGAGCAAAUGUCAGAUGUCCUGAGGUCUGUCAAUGUGACAGUGAUUAACAGAGUGAAGUGCAACUCACGUGCCUAUUACAACCUCGACCCUGUUAUCACCAGCAGCAUGAUAUGUGCUGGAUCAGAGACAGCAGAUACCUGUCGGCUACAGGGAGAUUCAGGAGGACCGCUGUUGUGCAGUGGUGUGUUGACAGGAAUCACUUCCUUUGGACCUAAGGAGUGUGGUAACAAAACACACCCUGGAGUGUAUGCUUUUCUCUCAGAUAAACAACUCCAGUGGAUCAAAAAAACUAUGACUCAAAAUUAGAUCUCUCUCUGAGUCUUUUUCCUUCUUAAACCUUUACUAUCUGUUAAACAUUUGUUUUUGUUGCAUAAAUUUAAAUACAAAUUUUUGUCACCAAUGGUCUGCAUUUAUAUGUGUCUAUAUUUUGAGGUUUAAAGGAUUUUGUUAAAGCAGAUAAGAUUUCUCUAAGAGUCUUACUGGACAUGAGUGU